UUAAGGAGCCAUGUAAAGAGGGCGUGUUCAAACACACUACCGAGGCAGCAGGAGGCAUUGUAGUGACUUAUUACUCUUCAGAGCAGCAGCACCGCUUCUGAGGAUGCGGAGACAGCAGCAGCAACCUUUCUAUCCUUUAAUAAGAGAGAUCCGUGCCGCUAACUGUGCUCUUUGGAUAUCCGGGAGUCGAUCUGAGCGCGUUCCGCCUCCCUCCGUCUGAUGAACGCACCCCCUCAUUGUCUACCUGCUGGGGGCCUUAAAGUGAAGCAGCACCCGGCUUUAUGAAUGGGGAUGCUCGGUUCUCAGGCUGACUGCAAUUGAGGAUUCAAUCCAAAGUCUCUAAUAAGGAUUAUACUUAAAACCCUUCUCAAGGCCCACCUGCAUCUUGGACUACUUUUGCAUAAAUAAAAAACUAAACAUUCAGCCACCAUGCCGAUCCUGAAACAGCUCGUGUCCGGCUCCGCCCAGACCAAGCGUCGCUCCCGCAUGGACCUGACCAGGGAGAUGAUCAGCGCUCCUCUGGGCGACUUCCGCCACACUAUGCAUGUCGGCCGCAGCGGUGAUGCGUUCGGUGACACCUCCUUCCUCAGCAGCCGCUCAGGGGAACCUCCCCCCGAGUCCACGUCCUACCCCAGCUCCCCCAGGCCCGGCCUCCUGUCUCGCACCUUCAGGAGCAGCAAGCGCUCCCAGUCGGUGACCAGAGUGGACCAGCAGAAAGACAACACCCUGGUGCUCCCUGGUGGGUCGCCCGCUUAUGUGAAGAACGCCAUGUCUCUGCCUUUUCUCUAUGAUGAAAGUGGAGGAGACAGUAUGGUGUCUAAAAGUUUGUCCUCGAGUCCUUUAAAGCAGCCUGCCGAGGUGGAUGGCAAAGGUGCAGCUGCAGCUACAGCCACUCACUUCUUAGAGCUGGAGGAGAGGAACUUCGGUGAGCUGACGGAGCUUCCGGCGACCUCCCACCACUACGGAGGCGGCAUGAAGCGAGCUGAGUCGGUCAUGUCUUUCCAUCUAGACCUGGGCCCCUCCAUGCUGGGUGACAUCCUCGGGGUGAUGGAGAAGGAGGAUGAUGAUCUGGGCUACGAGGAGGGCAAGAGCAGCGAGGGCCGGGCCUCACCAGCCCUCAGCGCCCACGGCGACGAGGAGGAGGACAGCGUGGAGCAAGAGAAAGAGGAGGAUACAGAGGAGCAGAUGGAGGCAGAGGUAGAGGAGGAGCUGGAGGAGGCCUCCAUGCAUCCAGCUGGCUCUAGUGAUCUGGAGCCUACAAAUGGAGGCCCCUACACGCCCGAGUACACCCCCGAGACUCGUCCCAAACACUUGCAGCACCUUGACAGCUGCUCCAUGUCCAGCUCCGGCUCAGCCGCCCUGGAUGAGAAACCCAGCAGCCAGACCUACGCAGGAGACACAGACAGCGCCACCUUCAGUGCGCCGCCGGAGGAGGAGAGCAACUUCUCGUCUUUCUUGGAGGACGAAGACGAUGAGAUCCGCGUAUGAGGACGGCACAGAGAUGGUGGAAGGAGUUUAUGUGAAACUUAUAGUGAGCCCUUGACGGUGUGGAUUUGCACUCGAACGGGAAACGAGGCGCUGCUUGUCGAGUGCUGUGAGACUGGAAUACGGGAGGAGACGGAAGGACUCUCUGUGAGGAGAGAGUGACUGCUUCCUUUAGGACGAGAACCAAACUCUGUCUGUCACAGAGUCUCGCCCUCCAUUCUUUGUGUUUGUUUUGUCAAUCCAUUUCUCGCUUUUUGAACAUUUGAGUGAACUGACGUUGGUAAAAGCAGCCACUUUAUGACUCUGGAUCAUUCCAAAAGUAAGCAGGGAGGACGUGUCGGGAAGAAACUUUUUGUAGGGAAAAAAAACAAACACUUUGCGUAACUAAAGCUCGGUUCACACUUUCUCUCUCUGUUUCUGUCUCCUCCUCCUUUAUGUGUCACAUGUUUUUUUUCUUUCCAUUUCAUUCCCCUCUCCUCUUCUUGUUGUGCUCUCCCUCUCUCUCUCUCUCUGCCUCUGGGACAUCAAGAGGCCCGAGCUGAGCAGAACAGGCCUCUGUCACCACAGGAUCACUGGUAGGUAUCUUGUCACCAUAAUAAAGAGGGCUGUGUUUGACGCUGCAGUGUGAAGCCCUGCCUUAAGCCUCACGUCACUUGAAAACAUUGUAAGUGCCACAGAUCUUUCAGGGUUCUCUCCCUUAUGCAACUCAGGAUCCUUGCGACGCUGCUCAACGGCUUGCCAUUUCCGGCAGUUUAAAAAAAGGCCGGACCACAAAGCCCCAAACCGAAAUUCUGUUCUGUUUUUGAUUCCCUGUGAGCGCCACACAGGCUGAGCCUCAAUGGCAAUUUGAGAGUAGAAGGUUUGUAAAGCUAGCAGAGACACAUUAGCCUGCAUUUACUGCAAACUAUGGUGUUACUACAGGAAACCAGUGUGGUGGGAGUAGCUUGUGAGCACACAGUAGGAGGACUCUACCCGGUUUCUGUUUUACCAAGAAGCAGAUUCUUAACUCCUGCUGCUUGAAGCCAUAACUAUGAUAAUGAUUUAGCAGAUUUCUUCAAACUGACAUGAAUCAGCCAUCUUUCUUCUUCUUCUUCUUCUUCUUCUUCUUCUAAUCUGUCAUCAGAGCUAAAACUGAAAACCGUGUGAUAACCACUUCCUCUUUAUUUCUGUACAUCCGAGCAGCUGCAGCGCUGCAACUGAACUGAAAAAAAAAAAAGAACAGAAAAAGAUGUUGAUCCUCAUUAGUGUAGAGGCUGCCUUAAUGCAUCAAACAGAUUCCACUACCACUCAUGAAGAGGGCUUGAGGGUGUGUGUGUUAUUGGAAAAACGAGUGCACCAGCAGGCACAAUUAAACCAGACACUACUUGUAUUUGGUGUUUAAUACCUGUUGUUUUUUAAUCUUUGAAAAGAAUGAAAAAAUGUCUUUGCUAUGUUUGUGUUCUAAGAGUGGAUGAAAAAGGAAAAGACGCGGCCAGCAAUAGAUGCAAGAAGAAAAAAAAAAGUCUAUUUUUAUGCAAGUUGCAUAGUCAUUGCAGCUCCACUGUAUCUCUUGCAUCAUUUAAAAAAAAGAAAAAGAAAACCAUGGCCAGAAGUAGCGAGGCUUCGUCGCUCUGAUUGAUUUCAAUGCCUUAACUGAUGCUGACAAGAUGUGCCAAAUCAUAAUUUUCUAGCCAAAAAUAAUAUUCGUUUGUGAAACCGACUUUUGGGAGAGCCUGUCAAAUCCGUCUGUCACAUCCUCCUCUGUGUGGGUAAUCACUGUUGAAUUUGAGUUUCUGCUUGUUGGUUUAAAAAAUAAGAAAUAAAGGCCGUUUUAAGAUGUGAUAUUAUGCAGGAAUAAAGUAAAAAAAGUAUACAUUUGCAUAACUGGAUAUUUAUAUUUCCAAUCACUCAAACACUACAUUAUAUAUUCAGGUAAUUUCUGGGUGGACAAUGUUGUGCAAAUGGGAAGAUUCCAGUGUCGCCCUCUGUGUAUACAUUUAAAUAUUACGCCUUACUUGUUUCUCUUUCUCUCUCUUUUUUUUCUCUGUAUUAUCUAAAGUAACCUAUAUUUUUCAAUAAAAGAAAUCCUGAAUAUC